UCUUGAGGUGCCACUAUAAAUCCACCUUCUCAGCAGCGCGGUGGUGUUGAUUUUUCCCUUCGAUUCUCGUGCUUGUGGUUCCUCGCUUCUUCGAUCCAUGGCCGGCGAUGGUGAUCGAGGCCGCCCCAGCAAGAAGCUGAAAACCUUUGGGAAGGGCCUACCUUCAUCUCAUGGCGGCGAUGAUGACGAUCUCGCAUUCGCUGAAGAAUUUGAUGAGGAUUCUCGUGGAGGUGAGAGGGAGACCAAGAAGAGGGACUUCACGAAGCUUGAGCUUAAGCCAGAUCAUGUCAACCGCCCUCUCUGGGCUUGCGCGGAUGGCCGCAUCUUCUUGGAGACCUUCUCCCCGCUCUACAAACAAGCCUAUGACUUCCUCAUCGCCAUCGCUGAACCUGUUUGCAGGCCUGAGUCAAUGCAUGAGUAUAACCUUACUCCUCACUCUUUAUAUGCUGCUGUUUCGGUUGGGCUUGAGACAGAGACUAUAGUCAGCGUCCUUAACAAGCUGUCAAAGACGAAGUUGCCACAGGAGAUGAUAGAUUUCAUAUAUGCCUCCACUGCCAACUAUGGUAAAGUAAAGCUCGUGCUGAAGAAGAACAGAUACUUCAUUGAAUCGCCAUUCCCUGAGGUGCUAAGGACAUUGCUCAGAGAUGAUGUUAUAUCUCGUGCCAGGAUUUCUCAGUAUGAGGAUUCCCACGGAGAUGCGUUUACUAUUAGCAAAACUCCUGGUGAAAUAGAAGCAAGUCACGGGGAAUUACUAAAUGGAGCAGAGUUGGCUGCUGCUGAAGAAAAAGAAACACAUUCUUUUGAAAUUGAUCCGGCUCAGGUUGAGAAUGUCAAACAACGUUGCUUACCAAAUGCCUUAAAUUUUCCUAUGCUUGAGGAGUAUGACUUCAGAAAUGAUACUGUGAACCCUGACUUGAACAUGGAAUUGAAACCUCAUGCUCAACCUAGACCAUAUCAGGAGAAGAGUCUGAGUAAGAUGUUUGGAAAUGGGCGUGCAAGAUCUGGCAUUAUUGUGCUACCUUGUGGUGCUGGAAAGUCUUUAGUUGGUGUGUCUGCAGCUUGCCGGAUUAAAAAAAGUUGCCUUUGUUUAGCUACCAAUGCAGUUUCUGUGGAUCAAUGGGCUUUUCAGUUUAAGCUUUGGUCCACCAUACGAGAAGAGCAAAUUUCUCGGUUUACUUCUGAUAGCAAAGAAAGAUUUCGUGGUAAUGCUGGUGUAGUUGUAACCACAUAUAACAUGGUUGCUUUUGGAGGCAAGCGAUCGGAAGAUUCUGAAAAGAUCAUUGAAGAGAUACGAAAUAGAGAAUGGGGAUUACUUCUCAUGGAUGAGGUGCAUGUGGUCCCUGCACAUAUGUUUCGGAAGGUCAUCAGUAUCACAAAAUCUCAUUGCAAGCUCGGGUUAACUGCAACACUUGUGAGAGAAGAUGAACGUAUAACAGACUUGAACUUCCUUAUUGGACCUAAGCUUUAUGAAGCUAACUGGCUAGACUUGGUAAAAGGUGGGUUCAUAGCAAAUGUUCAGUGUGCUGAAGUAUGGUGCCCGAUGACAAAGGAGUUCUUCGCAGAGUAUUUGAAAAAAGAAAAUUCAAAGAAAAAGCAGGCACUUUAUGUUAUGAAUCCAAACAAAUUCCGGGCAUGCGAGUUCCUCAUUCGCUUUCAUGAGCAGCAGCGUGGUGAUAAGAUAAUAGUAUUUGCUGAUAAUCUUUUUGCUCUUACUGCAUAUGCCAUGAAACUUCGGAAACCUAUGAUCUAUGGUGCAACCAGUCACCCGGAAAGGACAAAAAUUCUUGAGGCAUUCAAGCACAGCCCAGAUGUGAACACAAUCUUCCUCUCCAAGGUGGGUGAUAAUUCAAUUGAUAUUCCUGAAGCGAACGUGAUAAUUCAGAUAUCCUCGCAUGCUGGUUCACGGCGUCAAGAAGCCCAGCGGUUGGGACGAAUUCUUAGGGCAAAGGGUCGACAUCAAGAUCGAAUGGCUGGUGGAAAAGAAGAAUACAAUGCCUUCUUCUAUUCUUUGGUGUCCACAGAUACACAGGAGAUGUAUUAUUCUACAAAAAGGCAACAAUUUUUGAUCGACCAGGGUUAUAGCUUUAAGGUCAUCACCAGCUUGCCACCUCCAGAUUCAGGGCCUGAUCUUAGUUAUCACAGCCUUGACGAACAACUCGAUCUUCUCAACAAGCUGUUGAAUGCUGGUGAUGAUGCGGUGGGUCUCGAGCAAUUGGAAGAGGAUGCAGAUGAUAUUGCUCUCCAAAAGGCCCGUCGAACAUCAGGUUCCAUGAGUGCUUUCUCGGGAGCUGGUGGUCAUAUCUACAUGGAAUACAACACUGGAAAGGGCAAACAAGGUGCCCUCAAAAGCAAGCCAAAGGAUCCCUCAAAGCGCCAUGCUUUGUUCAAAAGACGCUUCAAUUGACCUACUUCAAUACCCAAUGAUUCUGGAGCUUCAGCCAUCACUGGAACUCAUCCAUAACAUGUUUAUUUCUAGCAGAUGUCCUGGUCUUUUAAGUGUAGAGCAUUGCACACAAAUCUCAUGAGAUGCUGAAGCACUGGUGUUUCCAGUCCUUUCAGCUUUUGCCUUUGUUUUUGCUGUGUUUGUAUGGGUUUAUGCAUGGUCAUUUAGUUAUGUUCCAGCUCUAAACUCAAUACACAGGAAUAUAUGUAAAAUAGAAUAACACUAAUGAGAAAAUGAGGACUUAAGGUGUUGUUUGUUGUCUUAUCA